AUGUCUCAAAACAUUAAAAUUUCUCUAAAUGACGGUAACCAAAUCCCUCAGAUUGGUCUUGGUACUUGGCAGUCUCAGCCGGGUGAGGUUGAAAACGCCAUCGUGCAUGCGGUGAAGUCUGGCUACCGCCACCUCGAUCUGGCCAAGAUCUAUGGUAACCACCACGAAGUGGGUGCCGCUUUCCAGCAGGUGAUUCCUUCUGUUGUUAAGCGUGAGGAACUCUUUAUUACCGACAAACUUUGGAACAACUCGCAUAAACCCGAGAUGGUGGAGAAGGCGCUGGACCAGACACUGCAGGAGCUUGGACUGGAGUACCUGGACCUGUAUCUGAUUCACUGGCCGGUCGCUUUUGAUGGGGACUUUGACACUCUUCUCCCCCAGGAGAACAAUAUGGCGAAGCUGGACCUCCAGACUUCACUGGUGGACACGUGGAAGGCUAUGGUAGCUCUGAAGAAGACGGGUAAGGUCAAGUCGAUUGGUGUCUCAAACUUCAGCCCUGCGCACAUUGAUGCUAUCACUAAGGCCACUGGCGUGCCUCCAGCUGUUAACCAGAUCGAGGCGCACCCUCUUCUUCCUCAGGACGAGCUCGUGGAAUACCAUAAGCAGAAGAACAUUCACAUCACUGCUUACUCGCCUCUUGGUAACAAUCUGCGUGGUGAGACCAAGAUUGUGGAUUACCCUCAGGUGACCGAAAUUGCCAAGAAGCGCAAUGUGAAUGCUGGUCAAGUAUUGAUCUCUUGGGGUGCUAAGCGUGGAUACUCGGUGAUUCCGAAGAGCGUCACCAACAACCGCAUUACUAGCAACUUCCAGCAAAUUGAACUUAGUGACGAGGAGUACCAGGCCGUGACUGACAUCAUCAAGACCGCUGGCAAGCAUGUCCGUUACAACACCCCUUACACCUACACUCCCAAGUGGGACAUUAAUGUGUUUGGCGAGGAGGUCGAGAAGAAUGCGACUCACCAGAUUAAGAUCGAGUAG